CAUUGACAACAGAAAAAGAAUCAGUUGUUGUUGAAGAAAAAGAAUUAACUUGUUGUUUAUUUUUUCCAUUGUAAUUAGUUGAUUGUUGACCUGUUUUUUUGAAUUCUCUUUUUUGUUUACCCAAUUAAUUCACCAAAUUCUUUUCUAAAUAAUCAAUGUCAUCUUCGGAUUGUAUUGAAAAUGGUUCAUUUUCCACCGCCUCAUCUACUUCUCCAUGUUCAUCACCUUCACCACCGGUUUCACCAGAAUCACUGAAUCAAAGGGAAACAAUUAACUGUACCAAGUCAAAAUCUAAUCCAGAAGAUGAUGAAAAUAACAUUCACUCAUCAUCAUCAUCAUCAUCAUCAAAUAAUCUACUCAUUCCUGGUAAUGAAGAGACAACAACACCAUCGGUUGAUUGGCAGAAACAACAACAACAACAACAAAUUGACCAUAAAACUAAUCUACUUGAAUUAUUUGUUCUUAGUGAAUCUGGUAAACCGAUUUAUUCAUAUACGACUCGUGAAGAUAUUGUCACCCUGUUACCUUUAUGUCAAGCUUUGGUUAAUUGUUUCCAGGAUACUCAUAAAGAUACAAUUCGUUUCAUCGUAACUCGGUCAGGGUUGAAAAUUAUCUUCAGCCAACGGACACCAUUGAUUUUCGUUGUUGUAACUCACACAUUUUCCGGAAUUGAUGGUAACCUAUUGAUUAACCAGAUUCACGCUCAACUGGUUUCCGUGAUUACCGAAAAGACCUUGAGAUCAGUUUUUGAACAACGAGCUACCUUUGACUUGAGACGGCUUUUGACAGGAAACGAGAAAAUGGUUCACAUACUAAUCGAACAAGGUUUCAUUGGUAAACCGAUUGUUUGUCGUCGACAACAUGCUGGUCAACAAUUAACAUUUUCUUCAAAUGAAACUUUCGACAAUCAACACUUCGAUAAUCUAAAAUCAUCUCAUGUUAACAAUAGUAAAAAAGAUUCACAAUUUAAAAGUGAUUCUUCAAUUACCUAUGGUUAUAUUUCAUCACUUUCCAUUCCAUUUUCUUCAUCUUCACAAUCAAUUAGAUCUUCACCUUCAAGUAAUUCUCAUCCGCAUCAAGUUAAUUACCAUCGAUCAUAUGUUAAUAGAGCUUUAAUUCCAGUCUAUCCACUUAAUCAAACAGUUCGAGAUUCAAUAACCAACGCAAUUAACUCAAGUAUAUCAUCGGUUAAAUCACGAAUCGCUUUUGGUUUAUUAUUAACAGUCGAACCUUCAAAUUAUUAUUAUUCAACCAGCGAAACCAAUCCGGACAUUUUCCUAAGAACUCAUGAAGACGAUUUCCCGUCAACCAAAAUACUCGCCGUCUCCAAUUAUAAUAGUAAAUGUUCAAAAUUAAGUCCACUUGAUAUGCAAUUGAUUCAAUGUUUGGUUAUGGCCUCCGAAUCACAAUUAAAAUCAGUUGAAAGUCUAUGGUUACCCUUGUGUUUACCUCGGAUCGAUGCUUCGGCUUUUAUGCAUGGACACAUUUCUUACCUUAACAAUCAAAAUUCAUCGUCAUCAUCACCCACACCCUCGGCAACCUCAUCACCAUCCUCACAUUUAUCCUCAUCACCACAAUUAGCGUUGAUCUUAUUAACAACCGAUAAGGAGGAUUUUCACAAUUGUCAAAUGGUAAAGGACAAUUUAGGUGAACGUCUUAAUAAGAUCAAAUUAACUUCACCUCCGUUUAGUGAUCUUAAUAUACCUUGUCUACAAUACUUUUGGUAUAUGACCUUAAGGUCGCAAUCUAUAUUUCGCUCGUCACUUUCACAAUUUAAUUCGGUUGUACAAAUUAGUCCAUUGAUCCAUUUUGUUGCUCAUCGAAUGUUAUCUUCUCGACUUAAAAUCUUUUGGCUUCGAUCUGAUCGGCAUAAAGUGGUCAUUCUUGGCUGGCAUUCUCCGACAUUCCAAUUAUAUGCUCAAUUAGAACCUACAACCACGAAAUCUAUGGGACUAAAUGCCGCUCAAAUGAUCGUCAAAUGGAUCAAGAAAGAAGAGGAUAAACUCAUGUUCCGUGAUUAUUAAAGUUCCAAUAUUCCUCAUGAUGAUCGAAAUUGAACCAAAAUUUCGCCGAUAUUUUGAUUUUUUUUUCUCUCCUUAAUUCAGUUAAAUUAUGCGAAUUGUUAAUAAACACAAACUCUUUAUUUAUGCAAAGAAAAUUAUAUAAAUACUAAAGAUGAACUUUCAACUGAAUCAUCUCAAGAAAUUCAACAAAUCAAAA